AUGUCUCCAUCACCUUCUUUCGCUGCUAUUGAAGCCUCUCGGGCGUCUUCAUCCACGCCACCACCUUCUCCACCUGCUGUGUCUUCGCCCACGCUACUCGUUCAUUCGACUCCACCACCUUCACCACCUUCAGAAGACGCAGUAGACGCUUCCGACGUCACUGACUUGUCCCCUUCGUCCGAUAGUGGCGACGAUUCCGACUACUCUCCGCAUUCUAGCGACAAGAAGAAGAAACUCAGGACAAUAAAGAAAUCCACAGCCAAGAGACGACGCUUAGUACGUGGAGACGACCGCAACAACUGCGAAAAAUUCAGCACAACGCUGGAAUCAGGUGUAGACUCAGAUGAGCAAACCACCGUCUCCACGCCUUCCAAGCAGAGAUCAAAGCAAGAGAGGAAGGCCGCAGCUGCCACAUGGGCAGACGACGGCAGUUUGGAUCUCUACAGACGUCGACUGCACGAGCUACGUCGAGAAAUUAGAGAUUCCGUGGCGGAAAAUAGGAAAACAUUUUACAGUAAUCCACGACCUGAAGACUUUGUCGAAGAAGAAGAGACGAAAACUGGAAAACACGAUGGAGAAGACGAGAAAGUUGAGACAGGACCCAAGUUUUAUUAUCCGUGGGACGUCACGGAGACGGCGUCGGGCCUCUUAGUGUCGAGCUUCGUACUAACUCAGCUGUUGCCGCAUCAACGAGAGUGUCUCGAGUGGCUACACAAGCUGCACGAACGUGGAGUUGGAGGCAUCUUAGGAGACGAUAUGGGGCUAGGGAAAACAGUGCAACUGGCGUCAUUUUUGGGCUCUCUACAUGCAGCGAGAAGGCUGCGGACGGUGCUGUUAUUAUGUCCAGCGUCAGUAUUGCUACAGUGGGUUCGAGAGCUACACAAAUGGGCGCCAUGGAUGCGUGUGGUGCUGCUACAUGCGUCUGGAACAGGAGUUAGUGCGUCGUCCUCGAGUGAGUGCUAUGAACAGCUGAUCGAGGACGUAUUUCGCUUUGACGACGACGAAGAGGAGGAUGUGGGCGAUCCUGGAUUACGGCAAGACUCACCCACAGGCGGAGGCGUUGUGAUCAGCACGUACGAGAACGUCCGACAGUAUCAGAGUUUGUUCUUAACGCGAGAGUGGGACUACGUGGUGCUGGACGAAGGACAUCGCAUCCGCAAUCCUGACGCGGAGACGACGUUGGUCUGCAAGCAAUUGCGCACUGUGCAUCGCAUUAUCCUGUCGGGUACACCCAUCCAGAACAGGCUCCGUGAGCUGUGGUCUUUGUUCGACUUUGUGUAUCCAGGACGUCUAGGUACACUGCCAACUUUUGACGACGAGUUUGUACUGCCCAUUCGAGCUGGAGGAUACGCCACUGCCACGAAGAUGCAAGUGCUGAUGGCCUACAAGUGUGCGCUGGCGCUGAAAGAUUUAAUCCAGCCGUUUCUACUGCGACGUACCAAGCAAGAAGUGAUGGCCACGGAUGCGAACAGCAGUAUGUUGCCUGGAAAGCAGGAGCAGAUCCUUUUCUGUCGACUGACGCAGCGUCAACGUGCGUUGUACAAGCGGUUCUUAGCCUCGCCCGAAGUGGCGUCUGUACUGCGUCGAGACCUCCGUCCGUUCCGAGCCAUCUCUGUGUUGCGACAUAUCUGCAACCAUCCAGAUCUGCUGGCUACGUUUGGGGACGGGGGAUUGGCAGACAAGAAGAGACAAAGCUACUUCAAGGAGGAGGAGGAGGAGGAGGAGGGAGAAGAAGGCUUUACAAACGUUGCUGGUCUGCUCGAUGAAGACAAAGAAGAAGGAGAAAGCGAUGAACCAUUCGGCGCUGCGUCAGCUAGUGGGAAGAUGAUUGUGUUGCAGAAGGUAUUGACCCUCUGGAAGGAACAGAAGCAUCGAGUGCUCGUCUUCACGCAGACUCGCAGUAUGUUGGAUAUCCUAGAGAGCUUCAUGUCCAGACUGGGCCACGCGUGCACUCGUCUCGAUGGCACAACGGGAGUGGCAGAGCGACAGCAGCGACUCGACGCGUUCAAUGCGCCCGACAGUAACCUCUUCGCCUUCCUCCUGACAACACGCGCUGGCGGGAUCGGCGUCAACUUGGUGGGUGCCGAUCGUGUUGUAGUGUUUGAUCCGGACUGGAAUCCCUCCACAGACGUACAAGCUCGAGAGCGGGCGUGGCGUAUUGGCCAGCAGAAACCAGUCACGGUGUAUCGCCUUGUGACUGCCGGAACGAUCGAGGAGAAGAUCUACCACCGGCAGAUUUUCAAGCAGUAUCUCACGAGUAAAGUUCUGCACGAUGCCAAGCGCAAACGCUGUUUUAACAAGCAUUCGUUGCGAGAUCUGUUCGUGUUAGCUGACGAGAAAGAAGGGGAAGACGGCGUUGCAGAGACGACGGAGUUGUUUGUAGCUGGGAAUGUCGAUAGACCCGCGGGCUUGGAAGACGGCGAGGAAGGCGACGCAGGAGAAGACAGUAGAAAUGACGCGGAUGGAGACAAUGACGCAGUGUUGAAGCAGCUGUUCGACGGUGGCGAUGUGCGAGGUGUUUUUGACCAUUCAGCUGUGGAAUCUGAUGGCGUUCAGAAUCAAGAAGCAGAGCUAGUGGAGAUGGAGGCAACCAAGAUUGCGAAGGGAGCGCUGAGUGCACUACGAGCCUCUGGAGCUCUUGUGAGGCAGCAACGCGAAACUAUCUACACUCCAACAUGGACAGGGCGCUCUGGUGCUGCUGGAGAUCCGUCUCAACGUCGACCGCAGCCUGCAGCGCGGGGCAGAGGUCGAGGAAGAGCAAGAAGUGGAGUCUCGUCACGCGACAUGCUGGCAAGGAUCAAGCAGAGACGAGAUGGAGUCGCACAGCAGACGACUCGACGUCAGCCUCGAGCUGGAGCUUCAUCUUCGGGGCCAUCUCAGUCACCAGUGCCUGCUACGUUAAGUGCAAGUGAGAUGACGAAGCGUUUGCACGCGGUUCUUGUGGCGAAUCCGGCGGGCGUCACGACUGAGCGGCUUCUGGAGAGUUUUGCCAGCGUCAUUGCUCCCAAGGACAAGCUCGUGUUUCGACAUGUACUGCGUGAUAUGGCUGUGUGCCGAGGACGCCGAUGGACACUGAAGGCGUCUUACUCGGUUUCGGAGGCUUCUUCUGCUUUUACAAACUCUACUGCAGCCACUGUGCGUCGUCGAGGGAUUUGGUAA